AUGAUGUUGACUAGCCUAUCAACAGUGUUUGCAGCUUUGGCUAGCUUGGCUAUAGCGCAGACCACGACAUAUCAAGCCGAAGAUGCGACUUUGACUGGUGUCACGGUUGCCACAGAUGUAGCUGGCUAUACAGGCACGGGAUAUGUUGGAGGCUUUGAUACUGAGGGCGACGAGAUUAAGUUCAACGUCACCAGCGCCACGCAAGCCCUUUAUGACCUGAACAUCAUUUACAAUGGGCCGUACGGAGACAAGUACACUACUGUCGUUCUCAAUGGCGCUGGAGGUGGUCAAGUCUCUCUGCCGGCUACAACCUCGUGGGUCACUGUUCCCGCUGGACAAGUGCUUCUGAAUGCCGGAUCGAACACGAUUGAGAUCCAGAACAAUUGGGGGUGGUAUCUCAUUGAUGCCAUUACCUUAACACCAGCUGUAGCGAGAGGACCGCAUCAAAUCACCACGACUCCAGUAAAUCCCAAUGCCGAUGCAAACGCGAAGGCUCUGCUCAAAUACCUCGGCAGCAUCUAUGGAAAGAACAUCCUUUCAGGACAGCAAGACCAAGCCUCGCUCGACUGGGUCACCACCAAUGUUGGCAAGACUCCCGCGAUCCUAGGUGUCGAUUUCAUGGACUACACCGAAUCCCGCAUUUCUCGCGGAGCUUCCAGCACGGACGUCGACAAAGCCAUUGCCUUCGCUGCCAAGGGAGGUAUCAUCAACUUCGUCUGGCACUGGGGUGCCCCAGUCGGGCUGUACGACACUGCCGAGCAGCCAUGGUACUCUGGUUUCUACACCGCGGCAACUGACUUCAACCUCACCACCGCCCUGAAAGAUACUACGAAUGCCAACUAUACUCUCCUGAUCAAGGAUAUCGACUCAAUCGCUGUGCAACUCCAGAAGCUUGAGUCGGCUGGCGUCCCCGUCCUAUUUAGGCCGUUGCACGAAGCUGAAGGCAAAUGGUUCUGGUGGGGGGCUCAGGGCCCCGAGCCGGCCAAGAAAUUGUGGAACAUCGUCUAUGACCGCAUCACCAACUACCACAAGAUCAACAAUGUAUUGUGGGUCUGGAAUUCAGUUGCGGCCGACUGGUACCCAGGCAGCUCUACUGUUGAUGUUCCCAUCUCAGCGACAUAUAACUCCCUGCUCAGCCUUGUCAACGACACUAAGAUCAUCGCCGCGGCUGAAAUCGGCUCCGUCAUGGACCCAGCCCAGUUGAAACUUUACCAAGCAGAUUGGGUUUACUUUGUCGUCUGGAGCGGCGACUUCAUCUCCGGCGGUACCUGGAACACACUGGACUUCCUCAAGUCUGUCUACUCCUCAGAUUAUGUCCUCACCCUUGACGAGAUCCAGGGGUGGAAGAGCGGAGGCAGCCCCGUGACAAACGAGCACCACAGUCUCGCCAACAUCCACUACUCUCAAGACGACCACCACCUCAAAGGUUUCAUCAGCUACUCCUUCGGCCACAGGAGUUGCGCAGCAAUGGGCUCAGUGUGGAGGAACUGGCUGGACAGGACCGACCGCAUGCGCGAGUCCCUUCGUUUGCACAAAGCAGCCGGCCAUCUCCUCGGACAGUCUUCCGUGUUGUAUGACCGGUCGACUGUGCUCUGGAGACGUUCGCUCACUGACGUGGCCGGUGACCGCCCCUACGUCCAUCCCCACGUCCUUCUCUUUGCUGCUGCCCCUCAUUUUCCGCCAGAUUCCAUCCUUUUUGUCGAAGAUGAAGCCGCCGAGAAUGAAGAGACCCAAGCUAAUCAUUAUAAGUGGCCAGAGGAGGGCUGGGAGGAUGAUGAAGAUGACUGGGAGAAGAGGUUUGACCUAGCGGCGAUCGCGGUAUUGUUGGGGCAAUUGUCUGUAUGUCUCCUCUCCAUCGUUUGCGAGAAGCAGCGCCAGGACCGCGGUGAUGAUGACGAGAACGCCGUAGAUGAUCGCGAGUGA